GCAUGAUAUAAAAACUGGCUUGUGCGAGGUUGACAUUCAAUAAACUGUAAGAAAGAAGAAGGUAAACAAAUACAAAAGUAACCUUGGCCCUGCCGAAACGAAAUUGGGAUCUUAUCAGAUAGCCCUCGAUCUGACUGAAAACUGCGUCUUGCCAUUAGAAUUAUCUUUGCGGGAAACUCUGCUCAAUCAUCUCGGUAAGAGUGGGGGUCUCUUAUCGGUUUCACCCGGCACACACCCUGCUUAUCGCGAUCCCUUGGUGUUUAGUCGCAGGCCAGGCAAAAGCAGUUGAUGCUGAUUCCUAAUCUCAUUGAGUUUAUUUCAAGUCCGGGAGGUGCGGCGAGCGGUAUUGCAAAAUAUAGAAUAUUUCCAUUCUCCUGUUACGUAACAAAUAUGGCUUUGGUGUGUGUGGAGGAUUUUGAGAAGAAGGCCGCUGGCCAGCUGGAGAAGAAUGCUCUGGAUUACUACCGCAGUGGAGCUGGUGAGCAGUUCACCCUGGGAUUGAAUCGUGAUGCGUUCCGCCGGCUGCGUCUGCGUCCUCGCUGCCUGAGAGAUGUAUCCCGUCUGGACACCAGCUGCAAGAUUUUCGGGGAGCAGAUGAAGUGGCCUCUAGGCAUUGCUCCCACUGCCAUGCAAAAGAUGGCCCACUCGGAUGGCGAAAUAGGCAAUGCCAGGGCAGCCGGUAAAGCUGGCUCCAUCUUCAUACUCAGUACGUUGUCAACCACUUCUAUAGAGGACCUGGCAAUCGGUGCCCCAGACACGAUCAAGUGGUUUCAGCUGUACAUCUACAAGAAUCGUGCUAGUACUGAAAAACUAGUGCGCCGCGCGGAGCAAGCGAACUUCAAAGCCCUUGUUCUGACCAUCGAUGCCCCUAUUUUUGGACACCGCCGUGCCGAUGUGCGCAACAACUUCAGCCUGCCCUCGCACUUGACACUGGCAAAUUUCCAAGGCGAAAAGGCCACUGGAGUAGGUAAUGUGAUCGAGGGCGCCUCGGGAAUCAAUGAAUACGUGACCAGCCAGUUUGACCCAACCAUUACCUGGAAAGAUAUUGCCUGGCUGAAGAGUAUCACCCAUCUGCCAAUUGUGGUAAAGGGUGUACUAACUGCAGAGGACGCUGUGUUGGCCAGGGAGUUUGGAUGCGCUGGACUUAUCGUUUCGAACCACGGAGCCCGCCAGAUCGACACGGUUCCGGCCUCGAUUGAAGCCCUUCCGGAGAUUGUAAAAGCCGUGGGCGAGGAUCUCGUGGUUAUGUUGGACGGAGGCAUCAUGCAGGGCAACGACGUCUUUAAGGCUUUGGCUCUUGGAGCCAAGACUGUCUUCGUGGGUCGUCCGGCUGUUUGGGGGCUGGCCUAUAAUGGCCAAAAGGGUGUGGAGGAGAUGCUGAGUGUCCUGAAAAAGGAUUUCGAGAUCACCAUGUCGCUGAUUGGUUGCCAAUCUCUGAGGGAUAUCACACCGUCAAUGGUGGCGCAUGAAAGACAAUAUGCCAAGCUAUAAAAACGGAUCCCAUUUAGACAAAUAAACCUUAUCGUAGUCAUCGUUAUAACCCCAAUGUAACCGUCAAUAAAAAUACAAAUAAAGAUAA